UUCUCUUUCACCGCCCUCAAGCUUUGAGCCUAAAGAGGGCCCUUUUCUUCUCAGCCAUUCAAUCUUCGAAAAUCUUGCAGAGGUCUUUGGGCUUCUUCAAGCUCUAAACUUUCUGCAAUUUCUGCUUCAAUGGCUUGCGGAAUUGCUGAUUCUCUCUUCCUUUUCACGGCAAGCGGUCCGCACCAAUGGCUUCCUAGGGUUCCUAUGGGUUCUUCCCGUGUUUCUCCAGGUUUAUAUGCUUUGAGGACCACCCAUCUCUUGUUGAAGGGAAGCAAUCAUCAAAGAGUGAAAAGAACUUCGUGUGUUAAAGCAGCGGCCAUUCCAAUUGCACAGCCCUCGGCAGACAGUGCAGAAUACAGGAAGAAAUUAGCAGAAAGCUACGGCUUCAAGCAGAUUGGAGAAGAUCUUCCCGACAAUGUCACCUUAAAGGAUAUCAUCGGUACCCUUCCAAAGGAGGUGUUUGAGAUCGAUGAAGCGAAAGCAUGGAAGUCGGUAUUAGUAUCUGCAACUUCGUAUGCUUUGGGACUCUUCUUGAUUGCGAAAGCACCAUGGUAUCUGCUUCCAUUGGCUUGGGCUUGGACAGGAACUGCAGUUACAGGGUUCUUUGUGAUAGGGCAUGACUGUGCUCACAGAUCGUUUUCGAAGAACAAAUUGUUGGAAGACAUUGUCGGGACUCUGGCCUUCCUACCACUUAUCUACCCGUACGAGCCAUGGCGCUUCAAGCAUGACCAGCAUCACGCCAAAACUAACAUGUUGACUGGAGAUACAGCUUGGCACCCUAUCAGGCAAGAGGAGUUCGAUUCGAAACCUAUUUUCCGAAAGGCUAUCAUAUACGGAUACGGCCCAUUCCGGCCUUGGAUGUCCAUAGCUCACUGGUUGGUGUGGCAUUUCGAUCUGAACAAGUUCAGACCGAGCGAGAGGAAAAGGGUGAGGAUAAGCUUGGCUUGUGUUUUUGCGUUCAUGGCGGUUGGAUGGCCAUUGAUCAUAUACAAGGCUGGUGUAUGGGGAUGGAUCAAAUUCUGGUUGAUGCCAUGGUUGGGUUAUCACUUCUGGAUGAGCACAUUCACGAUGGUUCAUCAUACGGCUCCUCAUAUCCCGUUCAAGCCCGAGAACGACUGGAACGCAGCUCAGGCCCAGCUGGGUGGAACCGUUCACUGUGACUACCCGAGCUGGGUCGAAGUUCUUUGCCAUGAUAUAAAUGUGCACAUCCCGCAUCACGUUAGUCCAAGAAUACCGAGCUACAAUCUCCGAGCAGCUCAUGAAUCUAUCCAAGAGAACUGGGGAAAGUACACAAGCUUGGCUGCAUGGAACUGGAGGUUGAUGAAGACAAUAAUGACAGUUUGCCAUCUCUACUCCGAACAAGAAAACUACAUCGGCUUUGACCGUGUAGCCCCUCAGGACUCUCACCCUAUUCACUUCCUCAAGAAACUCAUGCCUUCCUCAUCAUAAACUUGAGUUUAUAUAUAUUUUUUCCAUUAAAUCCUGUAUUUUUUAUUUAUGAUUUUUUUGUAUAAACAUUGUAGUACAUCACUCCCUAUAUACAUACAUACAUACAUAUAU